GGUGGAUUAAGAAGUCGGACAGUGAGAAUUUUCAGCUGCCAGCCUUCCACUGCGCGCUGAUCAAUGAGAAGAAAAUCUUCGACCAGCUGGUGCACGAAGGCAAUCGCCUGCAGAGCUCUGGCGGCCUAGGAAAGUUGGUCAGCGAAGAGGCAGACCAGGACGGACGCACCGCACUUCACUACGCGGUGGCCAACAGAUUCACGCACGAAAUCGUUGAGGAAAUCGUUUGCGCGAAUCUUGGAAGCAAAACGCCAGCAGAGAUUCCGGAGUUUUUGUAUCUGGAGAAGGACGACUGGGGAAUGAAUGCGCUGAUGGUCUCCUGUAUGAUCGGCACGGAAGCAAACCUCCGCUGCAUGCUGGAGUAUUUGGUUGGGGCGCGCAAGCCGCCUGUACCAGUGGGGGCCGCGCCGGUCGGAGCAGAUCAGCAAAAGCAAGAGGCAGUAUCGCCGGCACCUUCGUCGCCCUCGAAGGGCGAGUUGUCCUCCAAGGACCACGAGGGAGAUGUGGAAAUGACAGCGGCCGAGGAGAUGAAAGUCGAAAGUGUUGAGCCGGCGAACAGUGUGGCCAAGUCGUCGUUUCCUACGCUCGCUGCCCCCGCGAGCAGCGGUCAAGUUCGGAGGAGCGGUUUACCAUCUACAAAACUCCUUGAGAAGGCGGUUAACUUCAAACAAGAUAUUCCCAAGCAGAAGUUGCGCUUGGCGAAGCGUGCUGGAAAGCUUGAGCACUGGGGUCGCACGGCCGCGCAUUGGGCCUGCGCUUACAACCAGGCGAAGUGUCUCCUAGUGCUGGUGGAAUCUGGCGUAUGCGACGUGAAUAUCAAGGACCGCGAACACAUGACGCCGUUGGCUUUGGCCGUGCGCAACAACGCAAAGGAGUGUGUCCAAAUUCUGCUCAAGGCGAACAAAGGGUUACCGAGUUUUGGCCACGGUCCUCCGCUGGUCGUAAAUAAAAAGUUCCAGCUGAAACUGAAUGUGGGCGACAAACAAAAGAAGACCGCGUUGCACUACGCAGCCAAGAACGGAAGGCUGGAGAUUCUGAAGAUGUUGAUCGAGGACUCGAACGAGCUCGUGCCCGUGGUUGGUUUUACGACCGCAAGCACACCGAAGCAGGUGGGGAUGGAAGACGAUCUUGUCGCCGAUCAGGGCAUUAGCCCAGCUGCAGCUGCUAGCAACGGCUCCUCUUCGUCGCUCACAAAUAGUAAAGGCGAACUAAUUCUUGCUGCGAAAAAGAAACUUGAUGCCGAUGCAGGCAACGGCGUGGGUGAAGUCGCAUCUCCUGGGCCUGCCUCAGCGUUGAGGCGCCAAGGAGAAGCGCACCAGCAGCAGACCGCAAACAAGAACGCAAGCCGGGCCUUUCUCGACUCGCUCUCUGCCGUUCCGGGCAAGGGGCUGAAGUACAAGGCUCCCAAGCAAAAUCCACUGCACCUUGCUGACUCGUCGGGCAACAACAUCUUACACUACGCCUGCGGAUACGGAUACUUGGAUAUCGUCGAGUACCUGAUCGCCCUGGACCCAUCCCUAGCCUCGGCGCAAAACGCCUGGAAGUGCUCCCCGUUGAUGGUUGCUUGGCUCAAAGGCCAGUUCGCGGUGCUCAAAUACAUGGUGGAGCAGUUGGUGCACGAGAUCCGGCUCAGCGUCAACGAGCUCGUCUCAAGGCAGAGUCAAAAGCUCACCUCGUCACCGUGCUCUGGGAGUAGGCAGCAGAAGAUGAUGGAUGCUUCUACAACUAGUUCUCCUAGACCUGCUGGUCAUGGUCUUGCUGUGGGCCCUGGUGUCGAAAAAUUUUCUGUGAUUCCGAAGAUCGAGGAAUUGCAAUUAUUGUCUGCUACUGGAACAGAGCAUGAAACUACUUUCGGGUGGGAUUUUCACAAGAA